UCGACGUAUCACGCGACUAUUCGUCCAACUCCGGUAUGUCAUAGAUAAACAUUAAUAAAUAAUGGUAUUCGCGAGCACUGUUCGUCUCAUCAGACAAAGUGAGAGAAUCCUUCAUACAAAGAGAAUCGGUUGGACAAUCUGUGAUUAUCCAAGAGUCCUGAUAUCGAAUGAUUCGAAUGCCAUCGAAAUGAGUAAACCCAAAAUCCUAAUUACACGGCCAGAUAUACCCGUUGCAGGCUUAAACUUGCUGCGUAAACGAUACCAUCUUAUAAUAUGGGAUAAACCUGAACCAAUACCUCGUGCUGAAUUAUUGGCUAAAAUCUAUGGAGUAGACGCUGUAUUCUGCGUGCUAACGGAUAAGAUAGAUAAUGAGGUUCUAGACCAUGCAGGCUCGCAGUUGAAAGUUGUGGCAUCUAUGUCGGUGGGCUUGGAUCAUAUAGAUAUAAGUAGUUUGCAAAAAAGAGACAUCAAAAUUGGUUAUACUCCGAAUGUCCUCACUGAGAGCACUGCCGAGCUGAUUAUAGCUCUUUUAUUAGCCACAUCAAGAAAUGUAGUGCAUGCAAACUUAGCAGUUUACAAAGGUGAAUGGACAUCCUGGUCGCCUGUAUGGAUGUGUGGCACAGGGCUGGCAGGGAAAGUCGUAGGAAUUGUUGGUUUAGGUAGAAUUGGCUUUAGAGUCGCUGAGAUACUUAAGAGUUUCAACGUUGCCAAGAUAUUGUAUUUUAACAGAACUGUCAAAGAAGAAGCAUCUAAUUUUGAUGGUGAAAAAGUUGAUUUUCCCAUGUUACUCCAGAAUAGUGACUUUGUCAUAGUAACUGUGGCAUUGACACCACAAACUAGAUAUAUGUUUAAUUCUUGGGCUUUCAAUCAAAUGAAGAAGACAGCUAUAUUCGUGAACGGUAGCCGCGGGGAUGUAGUAGAUCAACAAGCGCUGAUUGAUGCUUUAAAGAACAAUACAAUUGCAGCAGCUGGCGUAGACGUUACAACACCAGAACCGCUACCAAUAGAUCAUGAACUUUUAGGGCUAGAAAAUUGUGUGAUUUUACCUCAUAUCGGAAGCGCAACCAUAGAAACUAGAAAUGAAAUGGCUUGUAUCACAGCGAAAAAUAUCAUAGCUGUUCUGGAGGGAAAUCCUGAAGAAAUGCCUGCAGAAUAUGGAAAACGAGAUCGAAAGGGUACACAAUCGUUUUCGCUAUGAAUCCAGCGGCGCUACCAGAUAACAUGGAAUUAUAGAAACCGGUAUCAGAGAUGUAUCUCUUAUAGAGAUCCUUGAAGAAUUCAUAGAAUGUAAAUUGCAGGCCAGUGUGAGGAGCAAUUUGCAAUAAAGUCGGUAACAAACC